AACAAAAAAAUCACAAAUCUCAUACCACUCUCCACUACAACAACAACAAUCCAACUUGUCGCAAUGGAAACCACGGGAAAAGUGAAGAAGGCUUUCGGAGGAAGAAAAGCCGGUGGCCCCAAGACCAAAUCCGUCUCGAAAUCGAUCAAAGCCGGUCUCCAAUUCCCGGUGGGAAGAAUCACUCGUUUCCUGAAGAAAGGACGUUACGCACAGAGGCUCGGUGGUGGAGCUCCGGUUUACAUGGCCGCCGUUCUCGAGUACCUCGCCGCAGAAGUUCUGGAGCUUGCUGGUAACGCUGCGAGAGACAACAAGAAGUCGAGAAUCAUCCCGAGGCAUCUUCUUUUGGCGAUUAGGAACGAUGAAGAGCCGGGGAAGCUUCUCAGUGGAGUCACGAUCGCUCACGGUGGUGUCUUGCCCAACAUUAACUCUGUUCUUUUGCCUAAGAAGUCUGCUAAGUCGUCCGAGGAUGCUGCACCCAAGUCGCCUGGCAAAUCUCCCAAGAAGGCUUAAUCAUCUCGACGUUACUUGAAUUCACCAGUUUAGUUAUGUGUUUGGUUACUUUGUGAGGGGACGGACUAUGUAGAAAACUUUUUUAGUUAUGUAAUUUGGAUUUGAGUUCUCUUCAGAUCCAAUUUUAUCCUAGUAACGAUUUAUAAAUCAUUUGGACUAAAA